CUGAUGUGUAAGAGGACAGGGUUCCAACUCCACAUGCACUGUUUCUGCCCUAUAUAAGACCUUUGCCUCUGCUGUCCGUCCUCGCACAUUCAGAGCAGCACCACUCAGAGCUUAACCAUGAAAUUCGUGGCUCUUGCACUGACAAUCUUCUUGGCUGUGGGUUCCCAGGCCAAUUUCCUGCAGGCUGAUGCUCCUUCUCAGCUGGAGCACUUUAAGUCAGCAGCCUUGGUGUACCUGACCCAGGUCAAGGAGCAGACUCAGAAGGCCCUCGACAAUUUGGACGGAACUGACUAUGAGCAAUACAAGGUGCAACUUUCAGAGAGCCUGACUAAGCUCCAAGAUUAUGCCCAGUCCACCUCCCAGACUCUGACUCCCUAUGCUGAGACCAUGUCCAACCAGUUCCUGGAGAGCACCAAUCAGCUGCGCGAGCGUGUCAUGACUGAUGUCGAGGACCUCCGUUCCAAGAUGGAGCCCCACCGUGCGGAGCUGUACCAGGUGCUGCAGAAGCACUUUGACGAGUACCGUGAAAAGCUGGAGCCCGUCUUCCAGGAGUACGCCAACCUGAACCGUGAAAAUGCUGAUCAGCUUCGUGCCAAGCUGCAGCCCCUGUUGGAUGAGAUGAGGCAGAAGUUUGAGACCAACGUCGAGGAGACCAAGUCUAAAUUCAUGCCGAUGGUUGAGGCCGUACGCACUAAGCUGACUGCAAGUCUGGAGGAACUGAAGUCCAUGGCCACCCCAUAUGCUGAGGAAUACAAGGAACAGCUGAUGAAGGCUGUCGAGGAGGCCAGAGAGAAGCUUGCUCCACACACCCAGGACCUCCAGACACGCAUGGAGCCCUACAUGGAGAAUGCCAGGGCCAAGUUUGCACAGGUGUAUGAAACCAUCGCCAAAGCCAUCCAGGCAUAAAAAUGUGCACACUCAGAUCCUCAGACAACAGCAAAGAACAGAUAUUCUUGUGUUUGGUGAUGGAAGGAGUAUAGAUGCAAGGGAUGUGUUUUGAAUGUUUAUUAUGCUCAAGUUAAAUAAUCUUU